CCAUAGCCACAUGCUUCACCUACCGUCACGUCCCCCGCUAACCUCCUCACCUUCACUAUAAAACACCCAACACCGCCUCACUUCGUCGCUCACAACUCCCACUUAGCUACCUCACCCUCUCUGAUCCUUCAAUUCAAUCCUCCCAUGGAUCUCGUCCUCCUGGAGAAGACCCUUCUGGGUCUCUUCGUUGCUGUUAUUGUCGCCAUUGCCAUUUCCAAAUUCCGUGGCAAGCGUUUUAAGCUCCCUCCUGGUCCUUUGCCUGUGCCAGUUUUUGGUAAUUGGCUUCAAGUCGGCGAUGACUUGAACCACCGUAACCUCUUUGACCUCGCUAAGAAAUUUGGAGACAUAUUCCUUCUUCGUAUGGGGCAACGUAAUCUCGUGGUUGUCUCUUCACCGGAGUUGUCUAAAGAGGUUUUGCACACUCAGGGUGUUGAGUUCGGUUCCAGAACCCGAAAUGUUGUGUUUGAUAUUUUCACCGGCAAGGGACAAGAUAUGGUGUUCACCGUGUACGGUGAACACUGGAGGAAGAUGAGGCGGAUUAUGACAGUUCCAUUCUUUACAAACAAGGUUGUUCAACAGUAUCGACACGGGUGGGAAUAUGAGGCGGCGAUGGUGGUGGAAGAUGUGAAGAAGAACCCAGAAGCAGCCACCAGUGGGACUGUGCUGCGGCGGAGAUUGCAGCUGAUGAUGUAUAAUAAUAUGUACAGGAUUAUGUUCGAUAGGAGAUUUGAGAGCGAAGAUGAUCCGUUGUUUGUGAAGCUGAAGGCUUUGAAUGGAGAGAGGAGUAGAUUGGCUCAGAGCUUUGAGUACAAUUAUGGCGAUUUUAUUCCAAUCUUGAGACCUUUCUUGAGAGGUUAUUUGAAGAUCUGUAAGGAAGUGAAGGAGAGGAGAUUGCAGCUCUUCAAGGACUACUUCGUUGAAGAAAGGAAGAAGCUAGCAAGCACGAAGAGCAUGGACAAUGAAGGGUUGAAAUGCGCAAUUGAUCAUAUUUUAGACGCACAGCAGAAGGGAGAGAUCAAUGAAGACAACGUCCUUUACAUCGUUGAGAAUAUCAAUGUCGCUGCAAUUGAAACAACACUGUGGUCGAUUGAGUGGGGGAUUGCUGAGCUAGUGAACCAUCCUGAAAUCCAGAAGAAGCUGCGCCAUGAGCUUGAUACAGUGCUUGGACCUGGUCACCAAAUCACUGAACCUGAUACCCACAAGCUCCCAUAUCUCCAAGCUGUUAUCAAAGAGACUCUCCGUUUAAGAAUGGCAAUUCCACUUCUUGUCCCUCACAUGAAUCUCCAUGACGCAAAGCUUGGUGGCUAUGACAUUCCUGCUGAGAGCAAGAUUCUGGUCAAUGCAUGGUGGCUCGCCAACAAUCCUGCUCAGUGGAAGAAUCCUGAAGAGUACAGGCCAGAGAGGUUCCUGGAAGAGGAAUCCAAGGUUGAGGCCAGUGGAAAUGACUUCAGGUACCUGCCGUUUGGAGUUGGAAGGAGGAGCUGCCCUGGAAUUAUUCUUGCAUUGCCAAUUCUGGGGAUUACUUUGGGACGUUUGGUGCAGAAUUUUGAGCUGUUGCCACCUCCAGGACAGUCAAAACUUGAUACCACAGAGAAGGGUGGACAGUUCAGUUUGCAUAUAUUGAAGCAUUCCACCAUUGUUUGCAAGCCGAGAUCAUUUUGAUUCGACUUCGUUUCUUUUUUGUGUAAUGGGUACUACAGGGUUCUUGAAGAAUGUGGGUAAAUUGUUUUUAUAUAUAUAUAUAUAUAUAUAUGGUGAUUGAGACCUGGGCUGUGAUCUUGUGUAAAUCUAUGAACUUCAAAUGUUCUAAGACCCUGCAAUAAUUAAGUAUAUUUUCUUUUUCAUUA